UCUGUCUCUGUCUCUCCCUCUCCCGCUCUGGGCCUGUCAGACUCUUUUCGAAGCUUUGUCUCUGUCUCUGCGUCUCUAUCUGGCUUUCUGUCUCUUUGAUUUCUCUGUCGCUCCUUCUCUGCUUUCCUGUCGGUUUCCUGCUCACUCCCCCAGGCUGAUCUGCUUUCUCUCUGGUUCCCUCACCCUCUCGGCUGCUCUGCGCCCAACACUGGGGGUCGAGGGUAGGGGUGGCUGGAAAUUUGCCUUUUCCAGCUCAGACCAACAUGUACUCUUUGAAGCUUUUACCAUAUGUUAUUGGGUCACGGCACUGAGGGGCGUGGGGUGGCGAAUUUCUAUCUUUUUAUCGCCCUUCUUGUUUGUGGGCUUUUCUUUUGGUGGGGGGGUGCUUUUUUAGCUCUGGAAUCCACCUCUGUCUUCUUUCUGUGUGUGUAUGUCGACCCUUUUUAUCCCAUAUCUAUUUCUGUCUUCCUCCGGGCUCUGGGAACACCAAACUCAGGGUGGGGUGAAAGUAAGCAUAGGGUGGGAGCAGUGAAUCCCUGCAGAAUCGGCUCAGAACAGGCAGGAACCGAGAAGCUGGGGGGACGCUGGUGGGGGCCUCUGCCUGCCCCGCCCCCGUGCUUCCCACUCUGGGCGCCAGGGGUCGCUCCGCCCCGGGCCGCUUAUAGAGGCUCCCGCCGCGCCGCGGCUCACACCACCCGCACUGCCGCCCGGGGAGGGAGGGGAGGAAGGUUAGGGACGCAGAGAGGGAGAGCUCUAGCUGGAGAGAAACGAGGGCUCUAGCAGGGGCUGGGGCCGCUGCUGGGGUAGAAAGGUGCGUCAGUGCUCGCCAAGAGCCAGAGCGCAAACCUACGAGGAGGUCGCGUCCGGUGGGCGCCACCCGCAGCGCCGAACCCGGGACGUCCAGAGCGCUGAGAGUAGUGCCCCGUUCCGGCCGGGAGCGAUCCGUCUGGGUAGCCGGGGACCUAGGCGCCGCCAUCCUGUCCGGAGAGCAGGCAUCCUAAGAUCUGUAAGAAACCGGCCGUCCGCGAAGCCGCUGAUUUCAGGCGUCCGGGAACCUUAGACUGAACAGGAGGAUAAUAGAGGACCACGGGUUUUGAACCGUCGGGAGCCCCCUGGUCCAACCCACGGGGGGGACCUCCGCCUUGACGGAAGGUUGGGGGGACGGCACCUCUGAGGCGGGAGCCCGCAGGGGCGGGGGGGCCGGGCGCAGCCGUCGGGGGGGUCCCGACCCAGGCCCGAGCCCGGCCGCCGCCUCCGGGGCCCUUGGAGAGCCCCGGGCCUCCGCCGCCAUUGCCCCCAAGAGUGAGGAGGAUCUGCUGGCCCUGGCCGCUUCGCGGCUGAGCCGCCGCAAGCGGGUGGCGGGCGCGGCCGUCGGGGUGGCCAUGGUGCUGCUGCUGCUGGUGGCCAUUCCGCUGCUGGUGCACAGCUCCCGCGGGCCGGCGCACUAUGAGAUGCUGGGUCGCUGCCGCAUGGUAUGCGACCCACACGGGCCGCGAGGCCCUGGACCCGACGGCGCGCCCGCCUCCGCGCCUCCCUUCCCUCCGGGCGCCAAGGGAGAGGUGGGCCGGCGCGGGAAGGCAGGUCUGCGAGGGCCCCCGGGACCCCCAGGUCCCAGAGGGCCCCCAGGAGAGCCGGGCAGGCCGGGUCCACCGGGUCCUCCCGGCCCAGGCCCUGGCGGGGUGGCACCCCCUGCCGGCUACGUGCCUCGCAUUGCCUUCUACGCGGGUCUGCGGCGGCCACACGAAGGUUACGAGGUGUUGCGCUUCGACGACGUGGUGACCAAUGUGGGGAACGCUUACGAGGCGGCCAGCGGCAAGUUCACCUGCCCCAUGCCAGGUGUCUACUUCUUCGCUUACCAUGUGCUCAUGCGCGGCGGUGACGGCACCAGCAUGUGGGCCGACCUGAUGAAGAAUGGACAGGUCCGGGCCAGCGCCAUUGCUCAGGACGCGGACCAGAACUACGACUACGCCAGCAACAGCGUCAUCCUGCACCUGGAUGUGGGCGACGAAGUCUUCAUCAAGCUGGACGGCGGGAAGGUGCACGGCGGUAACACCAACAAGUACAGCACCUUCUCGGGCUUCAUCAUCUACCCAGACUGAGCAGGGAGGGCCCCACCCCCCGCACCCCGCUCGCCCUUCGCCUUCGCUCCCCUCGUCACCCACCUUCGGCCGACCCCACCCAAGGCACCACCCCAUCCUUUGAGAGCCUGGCGGCGGGGCGGACCUCCAGCUCCCGAGGCAGCCUUGCUGGGUGGACUCUCCACGCUCCGGGGUGGAAGUGGCUGGAGAGAGGAGGAGGCCGGGCUGAGCAGGAGCCGAGCGGCUCGGGAAGCCCCCGCUCACCCCCCGGGGUCAGAGUGCGCGCCUGUGAAAGCCGCCGGAGAGUGGCGGAGGUCGGGGCCC